UGCGGAUUGUCUCCUUAUUCCUGCAGGUGGCAGAAACUCUUCCGUUCCGGCCUCUUCAACUUGGUGGUGUCGUACGGCAAUAAAUUCUUCUUUUUCCUCAUCGCCCUCCUCGUCUUCCUGAUGUUCGACGCAGUCCGAGAGAUCCAGAAGUACAGUGUCCCGGACAAGGUGGACCUGAAGAACAACCCAGUGGCGGAGGACCACGUCCACAUGAAGCUGUUCCGCGCCCAGAGGAACCUCUACAUCGCCGGCUUCGCUUUGCUGCUCUGGUUUGUGCUGCGCCGAUUGGUCACUCUGCUAUCCCAGCAGGCCACGCUCCUGGCCUCCAACGAAGCCUUCCGGAAGCAGGCGGAAAGCGCCACCGACGCUGCCAAGAAAUACAUGGAGGAGAACGAGACCCUGCAGAAGAGUCUGAAGGAGGCUGGGAUUGAGCUGAAAGACAAAGGAGAGCAUCAGGACAUCGCGAAGGAGAACGUGAAGCUGAAGACGGACUUGCAGGAGCUGAAAAGCGAAGUACAGGAAACGAAGAAAUCUCUGCAGAAAUCCGAGAACGAGGUGACGGCGAUCAAGAAACAGGCAGAGGGGCUGACCAAGGAGUAUGACCGUCUGCUGGAUGAGCACGCCAAACUGCAGGUUAGAGACCCCCACCCCCUUUAACAGUGAGGGAAAAAC